AGAUAAGGAAUAUUAAAUUAAACAAAGAAUAAAUCUCUUCAACAACUCGAUUAGUUGGGGUCGAAUCAAAUGUCUUGCUGUGACCAAAUGACAAAAUUGUUCUAUUGGAUCCACCUUAGCCAGAUUUGAAACAUUUGUUGCACAGACAAUCACUGAAGACCAAUAUCUGUUGGUGUUCAAUUUUUUUAAAUGUAGCAUUUCUAGAAUAGUCGAAGAGGGCCUAGCCAUCGAAAGCGAUAAUUAUUAAGAUUACCAAUUGGCACAAAUAACUGUAAUCCACUGAAAAAUUGGUGUUAAAUGCAAAGCGCCGCUUGAAUCCGGAUUACAAUACUUCCUCGAAUUAGUGAUCACAGUGUGAAUUUUGAAGUCAUCGGAUCACUGGUGCUUUAUAUCUCCCUCACUCCCGAGUCCACAGUCAGACUUCACGUUCUUGGAAAAUACAACAGAGCCGCGCGAGUGCGAGGUGUCCGUGGAGGGACGAUGCAAUUGCGCUGUAAGGUCAAAUUAGCUUCCUGAUUUGUCUGUGUAUUAAACUCGAUACAGGAGCAUGAUUAUGUCCGUUGCUAGACCAUCAAAUUUACUGUUUCUUCAUGGUAUUAGUUCACUUCAUUUUUAAAAUCCCCGGAGAUGAAUCAGGACUCACUCUGGUCGAAUCACCUUUCCAGUGGAUCUAUCGAAUACCUACAACCAACCGAUCAAUUGUUAAAAAUAUUUAUCAAAUGCGAGUUUACAAGUAACCCGGGGUCAUGUGAAGGGGCCUAAAAAGAAAACAUGGCUCAGGAACACGUUGAAAAUUUUGGGGUUCAACUCGUUAAGGUGGAACAUAUCUCAUAUACUUGAUUCGGCGAGCUUGACAUGGUUUUGCACGUUGUAAUAAUCGUCGCACUUUAAGAUAUAACACCAGUCCUCAGCAACACACCACACAUCUUGGAUACCUCGGUACAAAUGAUAGGAGGGCGAACAGACCUAGAAAUUACUAUUAUCUUUGCAAACAAUAAUGAUAAUGAUGAUAAUAAUAACAAUAAUCAUAAUAACAAUAAUAUUAAUAAAUUUGACUGCGACAGUCAUCUACGACCGAGACCAAACCAUGAUUCUAAGUGGCCAUAGGAGUGUUCUUUCACUUUCUUAGAAUGAGCGCAGCUCCCGUUAGAAUUGUUUCCUGGAUUUUCUUCAAUUUGCUUGUGAGUAUCUUUUCUUAUUACCCCAGGAGCCCCAUUGCUACUGGAAUUGCCACUGUUCUCAUCUCCCACAUUCGAGCGACGUCCAUUUCCAAGUAUUUGUACUUUGAAAGAAUUUAUGAAGCUUUGGUGAAAGUAUUCUAUUUCGAAUUUUUAAGAUUUGUCGAUGAGGGUAUAUCACUUGCCUCUCAAAGCCACCACCGAGUUGUGUUUAUGACCCGAAAUUCACUCCUUCCGUCUAUCACUCCGUCACUCCUUUCUCCUAUUUCUGUUAACUUUUCAGUAAGUGCAUUGAAUAGUGCAUAAGACUCUCCCAUGUUCAGUCCCUGCGCCAGGCUCAACUGAUAGCUGAGAUUUGAUCAGUUAUUUUUAUCAGUCUGCCUAGGAAUACACGUAACGUGUAUUUAACGGAUAGCUGAGAUCAGGAAUUUUUACCACAACUCUUCUGUUAGGUUUAAAUCAAAAGGUUUGCUACAUUAACACCUGCCAAUUGGGCUGGUUUGACCCUCUCAGUCUUUAAACAAUAAGAUAUAUCUCCUUCCCUUCAACGUUUGUGGUCAUUACCACAUGGCGCAAAACAGCUAGCCUGACCUGAAGAGGUUUCAAGAGAGUGACAAUAAGUAAUCGAUUAUUAGGUCUCAGUUUUUUACAAGUUUGGGUAAAUAGGUCUGGAAUUUGCUGUUUCGGUGUUAACCUGCUGCUUUUCGAUUUUUUACUUCUACCACAGAUUCAUGAAGCGACGACUGGGUAAGACUGGAUACUAGUUACUUUUGAAGAAAUGGCAACGUUCACUCAACUGUUCAGAGGAGGUCAGUCAACCAGACUAGACAAGAUUACUAAGAACAUCCGAAGGCCAGCUAUUUACAAUAGAAAUUAUCAUCAUAAGAUGCUAAGGAGAAAAAAGCAGAGCGCCAUUGAGGAAAAGGUUGAUAUCCAGAGUGUUUUAAGAAGUUCAGAAAAAAGUUCAAGUGAAUCAUCUAGCAUGAGGCACAGUGUCAGCGAUGCCAAUAGUCUUACUGCAGCCAAAAAGCCUUCUAAGAAUGUCGAUAUUCAAAUGUGGCAGAGAUCACAAGAAAGAACAUCCUUACUGAGGAAGGGUGAAAAAAGGGUGGCUAUUAUAGCAGUUGUGUCAAUGCUGAUUGGAUUUGUGGCCAUUAAAUCAUUUGUUUCUGUUGGUAAAAAAUGGAGAAUCUCUGGUGACUCAAUUGGGGAGCAGUCUUCAUAAGAGGUGAGUUACAGUACUCAGUCAAGACUGUCCUCUAAGAACUGUGAAGGAGAGCAAGAUGUGCAAACCAAGCUAAAAGACUGUGAAUGGUUUAAGUAAACAAACAGUUAACUAAGGUAACUUGAGAAACAUAAAGAGGAGGACUGCCAAGGAUGUGAAGCCUGGGUUUUAUUUUAUAUACAAUAAUAAUGCUUAAGAGUUGUUCCUUAAAUUAUAAAGAUUUAACUUUUUUGAGGAUGUAAAACAUGUCAGCUUGAAAGAUUGACACAUAUACAAGCACAGGUCUCCCAAGAACACAAAACAAUGAUUUGGGAUUCAGGUUACCUCCUGAACUAAUGAUAAGAGAUAUAAUCUGGAGUCACUUUGUCAAUCACAAACAGGCAUCAAGCAAAACUUUUUGUUGAUGCCUGUUAAGUUUCAAUGUUUUGCUGUGUGUAAAUACUAGAAGAAAACAUUUUUUACAAGCAGGAUAAAAGCAUGGGUCUUUGCAAGAAGUAAACUCUAAAUAAGCUUUCCUAUUUCUUUUGAAAUUUGGUGCAAAAUAAGGAUAUCUCAGGAUUCAAAGUUACAUUAAAAACAAUUUUUAUGCCUGUCUGCCCUAAAGAUAUCAGCCAUUUCAUGAUCAUUAUCAGUUUCUAAAGUCACAAAUGUAUCAAUAAAAUUGGAUGAGUGGAAGAGGAAGUUUUCCCUUGCAAAA